AUGGACGUUCCACCCAGCCCACCGUCAAGCAAAAUAUCACAGCGUCGGUUAGAAAUCGAAGCAAAGAAGCAGAAGCUAGAGGAACUACGGCGACAGAGACGUGACAGACUACGCGAUAAACAACGGCCUCCUUCAGAAGCUAGCUCCUCUGGGCCGCCACCAUCUACGAAGGAUAUCAAUGACUUGAUCUCGCAGUUGGUUCCGAGCAAAGGCGCAGACAGUGGCGACCUUACUCCUCUGUCUGUUCCUGGUACACCGUCGUUAGGGCAAACAGCGAAUCUAGGACCAUCUGCGCUCUCCAAUUCUGGUUCGGGGAGGGCAAGUAGGCAGAGCGACUUUAUUGGUCUCGGGCUAUCGUUGCCACCUACGGCAAAUGCAGGCACAGACCAUGUUAUCGACAGAGUCAUGACACCCAGGAUACAGCCUGACCUCAUUGAUGUCAGUCGAGAACUAUUCGAGCUACCCCAGCGGGAACGCGUCGUGUAUAACAAAGAGGUGCAAACCGCGGGGGUAGAGAUGGGCACUUUGACUGAGGAAGCGGAGGAAGAUCAGGAGCGGAUACAGCGCGAGCGCGAUGCUGAAGCUGAGCGACUUGCUCUGGAGAACGACAUCGAGGCGGAAUCCAUCCAGCUUGAGAAGGAAAUAGAGGAGGAGAUCAAAGAGUUGACUGAGGAGGAGCGAGCCACUAUACUAGUGCUACCUGAAUUCCUCGAAUUUGUGGAACACUCCUCCAAGAUCCUACAGCGAGCCUUGAACGAUAACUACGACUACAUCCGCGAUUAUACUGUCGACACGGAGUCCGGCGGUGACGACUCAGAGGGCCGUCGGGUCAAACGCGUUUGUGAGUUCUGGGACGAGCGAUACGUCAAGAAUCGUUCCAUAACCGACGUGGAUUGGUCACCUAAGUAUCCUGAACUCAGCGUAGCGUCUUAUAACAAGAACCCUGCCGCUCUCAACGAACCGGACGGUAUCGUCGCCGUAUGGAACUUGCACAUGUUAGAACGACCUGAGUUUGUCUUCCACUCACAAUCUGAUGUUCUGUCUGUUACAUUCUCGCCAUUCCACGCGAAUCUCGUCUUCGGAGGCACGUACUCAGGCCAAAUAUUGCUUUGGGAUACCCGAUCAAAGCACCUGCCUGUGCUCAAGACCCCACUGUCUGCCGCUGGUCAUACGCAUCCUGUAUACGCCAUGCAAAUGGUUGGAACGCAGAACGCCCAUAAUUUGAUCAGCAGCAGCACAGAUGGCAUGGUUUGUAGUUGGCUAGUCGAUAUGCUUGCGCAACCCCAAGAGACGUUGGAGCUAGUACAUGCAGGACACAGCAAGACAGGGGAAGUUGCGAUUACUACAAUGGAUUUCCCCGACAACGAAACGACGACGUUCUGGGUUGGAACGGAAGAAGGCAACGUAUAUCAAGCGCACCGCUACGACCGGGCGGGGUCGAAAGCAGGCUUAAAUCAAUACGACGUCUACAAGGGGCACUCAGGCCCAGUCAUGGGGCUGCACUUCCACCCUCUCACAGGCCCAAUUGACUUCUCCGACUUGUUCCUGACGUGUUCCGUGGACUGGACGGUGAAGCUGUGGAGGGCGAAGUCGCUUGCGAAGUCAUCAAACACCCCGCAUAGCAUAUCGCCGAUAUAUUCAUUCGACGAAGCUGAUGACUACGUUUACGAUGUCAAAUGGCAUCCGGAACAUCCAGCGCUCUUCGGCAUGGUUGAUGGUUCUGGCAAGUUUGAUCUUUGGAAUUUGAAUGUGGAUACGGAGGUACCUGUCGUGUCUACUCCGGUGGGCUCCGGAAGAGCCAUAAACAAGAUGAAAUGGGACGGAAAGGAGGGACGCCGAGUGGCUCUCGGAGGAAGCGAUGGUCGCUUGUAUGUCUAUGACAUCGGCGACAUGGCUAUCCCAAGGGAUGGGGAAUGGAACGAGCUGCAGAAGACGGUGGUUGGCAUGGUUGGCGGAGGGGGACAGACGAAUGGCGUGCUCGAAACCGAUGCCUCCAAGCCCGCUACUCGAUGA